AAGAUUAAUUUGAAAAAACCUUUCAUCUGUAACUUCUUCCACAUGCGCCGCUCAGCGUGAAGCCACGGUCGGCGAUGCUCUCCCUCGUCUUCUCUCUCUGCCUCACCCUCUACAGCGGCAUAUCCGCCGUCCAAAAGCCCUAUAUCCCCAAACCACCAGCUCCGCCCUCACAUCUAGGCACUGACGCCGCUCCACUUGGCGUCGCCUCCCUCCUCGACGACAAUAAAUACGCCGCCGCCUUUCGCUGUACAGCCGCCGCCGUCCGGGUUUCAAAUGACGGCGUCGCCCGAUCCCUAGCUCCAGAUCUCGGCCUCCUCCCUGGGUUCUAAUUCUGAAUCAACUUUAGUGAUAGAAACCAGCUAGCAUUCCUUAUGUGAUAUUUGCAGAAUGCCGAAUGCCAUUUCCCUCAAUUACAUCAAGCAGUUGCAAAGAAACACACGUAGCAUCUCCUCAUUCUUCAAUGUUGCUGAUAUUCCAAGAGUUUCUUGUUCAUACUGCUCAGCACCCGUUAAUCGUGAUCAAGAAGAUGAACCUUCUAUUUGCUCUCCAGCUCGAAUCCAAAAGUUGAUAGCUUCUCAAACAGAUCCACUCCUGGCAAAGGAAAUCUUUGACUUGGCUUCGCGUCAGCCCAACUUCCGGCAUUCUUAUGCUACCUAUCAUACCCUUAUUCUCAAACUCGGCCGGUCUCGCCACUUCUCUCUCAUGAAUGCCAUCAUCUCAAGCCUCAAGUCCCUUGAUUAUUCCAUUUCCCCUUCUCUCUUUACUCACAUCAUCCAGAUAUAUGGUGAUGCAAACCUACCCGAGAAAGCUCUCAAAACCUUCUAUACAAUUCUCGAAUUCAACAUUAAGCCACGUCCGAAACACCUCAAUUGCAUCCUUGAAAUUCUUGUUGCCAACAGUGACUUCCUGCGCCCUGCAUUUGACCUGCUCCGGGCUGCCCACAGAUACGGAGUCUCCCCCAACACAAAUUCCUACAACAUAAUGAUGCGAGCCUUUUGUCUGAACGGCGACUUGAGCAUUGCAUAUACUUUGUUCAAUCACAUGUUUAAGCGUAAUGUUCUUCCUGAUGUGGAAUCAUAUCGGAUUCUAAUGCAAGCACUGUGCAGGAAGAGUCAGGUGAAUAAAGCUGUCGAUUUAUUGGAGGACAUGCUAAAUAAAGGGUUUGUGCCCGACACUUUAAGCUACACCACUCUAUUGAGUAGCUUGUGCAGGAAAAAAAAGCUCAAGGAGGCGUACAAGCUUCUCUGUCGGAUGAAAGUGAAGGGAUGCAAUCCUGAUAUCGUCCAUUAUAAUACAGUUAUCUCGGGUUAUUGCAAGGUAGGUUGUGCUGCUGAUGCCUGUAAGGUUCUUGAUGACAUGUCUUCAAAUGGAUGCUUACCAAAUCUGUUAUCAUAUCAAAAUAUAGUUGGGGGCUUAUGCAAUCAGGGCAUGUACGACGAGGCCAAGAUGUAUAUUAAGGUAAUGGUGUCCAAGGAGUUUCGUCCACAUCUUUCAGUUGUACAUAUGCUUGUGAAAGGCUUUUGUAAACUUGGUAAACUCGAGGAUGCUUGUGAAGUGCUGAUUGAGUUGUUGAUGCAUGGGAACGUCCCACAUACCGAGACUUGGGCUGAAAUCGUAGCGAGGAUCUGUGAGGAAGAUGAUGCAGAAGCAAUAGGAGAAGCCAUGAAAGAGGUUGUGAAGGUGGAGAUAAAGUCUGAUACUAGAAUAGUGGAUGCUGGUGUUGGAUUGGAGGAGUACUUGAUGAGGAAGAUGAAGAGUAGGUCAAGGGUAAGUUGAUUGCUCUUGCUAAGUUUGUAAGAGGCGAGUUGUCCCAUAAUGGAUUGAACAAUUUUGACUUUGCUUGAUCAUGUAAUCCUUCAAAUGUGAUUAUGUAAUUUUGUGAUUGCAUGCUUAUUUGAAUUUACUGAAACCAUCUACUACAUUUUAUUUGAAAA